AUGUCUUCAAUUGCUGCCAUGGCCUCCCGCCGGGCCUUUGCCCGCCAAUCCCUUCUCCGCGCUCCCCCGCGCCGCUUCUACAGCGCCUCCAAGGUCGAGGAGGCUGGCCUCGACAAGGGCCCCAAGCGUGACCCCGAGCUCUACGUUCUGCUCGGUGUCAUGUCCGGUGCUUUCCUGCUUGCCGGAUGGUACUUCGGCAGCAAGCCCACCUCCGUCACCUCCGAGAGCAACGUCCGCAUUGGCGAGAGUGCCAUGCCCUGGGAGCAGGCCGAUGAGAGUGGCAAGGUCUACAAGUACCAAUACCACCCCCACGGUGACAAGAGCCAGCCCCUGCGCAACGCCCCCAGCGCCUUGAACACCGUCAUUGUCCCCAACGUUACCCUGCCCGUGGACCUCCACGAGCGCUUCAACAAGUACGGAAAGGAGGAGUGGGACUACUAA